AUGGAGGAGUCUCCGCAGAAUGAUCUGGAUGCAGCAAGCCUUGAGAAAAAUGACCUGCUCCAGAGCGCCAGCCCUCAGAUUUCCAUUAAUGAAUUCUCCUGCCACUGCUGUUACGACAUCCUGGUUAACCCCACCACCUUGAACUGUGGGCACAGCUUCUGCCGGCACUGCCUAGCUCUGUGGUGGGCCUCUUCAAAGAAAACAGAGUGUCCAGAAUGCAGAGAAAGAUGGGAAGGUUUCCCCAAAGUCAAUAUUCUCCUCAGGGACGCUGUUGAAAAAUUAUUUCCUGAUGCCAUUAGAAUGCGAUUUGAAGACAUUCAGCAGAACAGCGACAUAGUCCAGAGCCUUGCAGCCUUUCAGAAGUUUGGGAAUGAUCAGACGCCAUCCGCUCCCCACCCACGCCGGGGGAACCAGAACAGGGGAGGGGGCUUCUACUCCGGAGUGCUCACAGCUCUGACUGGGGUGGCAGUGGUCCUGUUGGUGUACCACUGGAGCAGCAGGGAAUCGGAGCGGCACCUCCUGGUCCACAAGGCUGUGGCCAGAUGGACAGCAGAAGAGGUUGUGCUCUGGUUGGAGCAACUUGGCCCGUGGGCCUCUCUCUACAGAGACAGGUUUUUAUCUGAAAGAGUAAACGGAAGGUUGCUUUUAACUCUGACAGAGGAGGAAUUUUCUAAAGCACCGUAUACCAUAGAAAGCAGCAGCCACCGAAGAGCCAUCCUCACGGAGCUGGAGCGAGCGAAAGCGCUGGGCGCGAAGCCCCCCCAGAACCUCUGGGAGUACAAGGCCGUGAAUCCCGGCAGGUCCCUGUUCCUGCUGUAUGCCCUCAAGAGCUCCCCGCGCCUCGGCCUGCUGUUCCUCUACCUGUUUGACUACACUGACACCUUCCUGCCCUUCAUUCACACCAUCUGUCCUCUGCAAGAAGACGGCUCCGGGGAGGACAUCAUAUCCAAGCUCCUGGAUCUUAGAGAGCCCACAUGGAAGCAGUGGCGAGAAUUCCUCAUCAAGUACUCCUUCCUUCCGUACCAACUGAUUGCUGAGUUUGCUUGGGACUGGCUGGAGGUCCAUUACUGGACAUCACGGUUUCUCAUCGUCAAUGCCAUGCUACUCUCAGUUCUGGAAUUAUUCUCCUUUUGGAGGAUCUGGUCAAGAAGUGAGCUGAAGACCGUGCCUCAGAGGAUGUGGAGCCAUUUCUGGAAAGUGUCGACACAGGGGCUGUUUGUGGCCAUGUUCUGGCCCCUCAUCCCUCAGUUUGUUUGCAACUGUCUGUUUUACUGGGCCCUGUACUUCAGCCCGAUCAUUAACAUCGAUCUCGUGGUCAAGGAGGUCCGACGGCUGGAAACCCAGGUCUUGUGA